AUGGUACACACAUCCCAUGCCCAGCCUCCCCUCCCUCUCUCCCUCCCGGCCAAAAUCGUUGUCCCCCCUCCCUGGCACGCUCUGCCCCUGUUGCAGGCUGAUCUGGGCUCACUGUUCUCCAACUCCAGCCCCUUCGCCUUCUCCCAGUCCCUGCUCAUGGUGCCUCCGGCUGGGGAUGCCUCCAAAGCGGGGGUCCGGGCUUCAUUCGGGCCUUACUCUGUCAGCCAGCCUCCAUUGGGUCUGUGUGUGGUGACCCUGGCCCUACCUAAGGACUGGUUUGAGGCGGAGCAGACCAGCCAGCCCUACCUCGGCCCCAACCAGCGUGCCAGGCACACACACCGACACCGCACCCGUAACCGGGGACGACGGCACGAGGGUGUUGUCGUCGGUGGAGCCGGUGGCAUCCCCUUCCCAGGCGCCCUCAGACACAGCCCCGCCCACACCGGAGACCACAUCCAGUUAUACUACUCAUUGUUCGGCACAGCGUCCAACAUCAAACUAGCACCCCCUAGGUGUGUGGAAGACAAAUUUCCACAGUCUCAGAGACAGUUGAUUUAUAUAGGAGCUGUGACUCUGAGGGAGUACAAUAAGGGGAAAGAGGCCAACAGGACCAAAGAGGAAAUAGACUGUUGCAAUGGACAGGAAGAGGAGGAGCUAAGGUUGGAUUCCAACGUGCUGAUUCGCUAUCGCAGGGGACCGGUCRGCACGGGACAGCCAAUAGGGAUUUCUGUGAACCUGAGGGCCAAUUUCAGUGCAGAGUUUGUUGUUAUCCGACUGAAGGUGAAGAAAGGCCUUUUGUCUCUGGUUGCCCAGCGCUCUCUGAACUCUGAUCUCUGGGUUGUGAACCUGGAGAAAACCCAGGGCUCCAAACAUGACGUCAUCUCCAUCAUCUGCCACAAACUGGCGGGACACAUGGACAGCGACAGUCCCGCUGCUCUGCAGCAGGUUGCCUGUCUGUCAGUGGACGGCUUGCGAAGGAGUUUCGGGGUUGCCAUGACUGUAUCGGCCAGCUGGUGGGUGGAGUACUCAGACCGUAAUAACCCUCCGCCACCACACGGCGGAGUAGUGAGRAGCUUCUCCUUCACUGACAGAGAGAUUGUGGGCAUCUCUCCCAUAACUGAGAGUGGCAUGAUCAUCAACACGGCCAUCUUGACCAGCGAGCCCGUGUCACUUCCUGUCAUUGUGCUGGCAGUGGGGCAUGAUGGGAAGGUGUCUGAUAUCACCGCGGCGGUGAAGUGUCAGUCGUCCAAUGAUGAUAUCAUCAAGCUUCUGGACAACAGAACAGCAWUCACUAACCUCGAUUUGAAUGACAAUUUCUACUUCAGCCAGUUGGCACCUCUGGACGUCAGGUACCUCUGGACCAAGCCAUAA